UCUUUGAAAAAAUUGUCCUUGCGAGGGAAUCCGUUUGCGGAAGUACCACGAGCGAUCAACGCACUAAAGAAUCUAGAGUAUUUGGACAUUAGUAACACGAACAUCGCCGAGUUUCAUGCGCAAUCUCUGAAAGAUGAUCAUGUUUUGAAGCAAAUCUAUAUGACGAACAUGCCAUACCUGUACAGCGUCCAGGAUUGUGCCUUCUGCGGUUUGGAAAGACUUGAGCGUGUGUACAUGAACAAUUGCUCGAAACUACAAGAGAUUCAUCCAAACGCAUUUGGAUGGUCAACAUUGGCUGAGGGCAAAUUGACUGCUCUCACGCAUUUUUACGUGGAAAACUGCAAUCUGCGCACCCUCAGUGAGGAUGUUUUACCUUGGAGCACACUGAUUGAACUUGGAAUUGGUGGAAACCCGUUGAACUGCACUUGCGAAACGGCAUUUCUUCUUGAGGACGAAUAUUUUUCAUAUGAAUACACCAACACACUACCCAGAUGUGCGGCGCCUCCAGAGCUUGCGGGCCGCUUGCUGAUACAGGUUGCCCACGCAGAUGCGUGCGCUUCUACUGCGUCCAUAGACCGGAGUGGAAGAUUUGCCGCCGUCUUCAUGCUGAUGCUCAUCCUGAUAUUCUGUAGUAUCGGUAUCUAUCUGUGUGUGGUCACCAAACGUCUUCAUCUCCUGCUUCAACACGCACAAAACCCAAGGGUUUCCUAUAGAAAUCUCAACAAUAAAGAAGACGAACAUGGCCUAGAGCAGGAUUUCCAGCCAAGACCACAGGAAGUAUAA